AUGGCGGCGCCCAAGAGCCCAGGGAUCUCGACGAUCUCGACCUGCACCCCGGAGAAGGCGCGGGGCGACCACGUGUUCAAGAUCGAAGGCUACAGCCUGUGGAAGGGCCUCGGCGUCGGCAAGGUCAUCCAGUCCGCCCCCUUCGCUGUCGGCGGCUACGACUGGCGCCUCAGCUACUACCCAGACGGCUACACGGAGGGCAGCAAGGACCACGUCGCCGUCUUCCUCGAGCUCCUGAGCAAGGACGCGGAGGUGAGGGCGCUGUACCAUCUGAUGCUGAUCGAGCAGGCCGCACGGACGUCGCCAGCGCAAUUCACAUGGCCAAAACCUACGGCGCCUGUGGUGUUCAACAACCCCUCUAGUGAUGCCUUAUCCUGCUUGGACCAUUCCAUGUUCGUGAGGAGGAGCCAGAUCGAAGGGUCGGCGUACUUGUACAUCCCCGAUGACAUCCUUCUCAUUAAGUGUGACAUCACCGUUAUCAAGUUGAAGGAGGCACAGAUGCGGAAGAUCGGCAUGAGCUUUAAUAUCGAAGUGCCGCCUUCAGACUUGUUGCACAAUCUUAGAAGUUUGAUGGAUGCGAGGGAGGAAUUGGAUGUGUCUUUCAAGGUCAAAGAUGAGGUAUUCACUGCCCAUAAGGUCGUCCUCGCAAUGCGAUCGCCGGUAUUCAAGGCGGAGCUCUACGGGCCGAUGAGGGAUAAGUGUGGGCAGGGGCAGAGCAUAACCAUUAAAGACAUGGAGCCCGCUGUUUUCAAAGCACUGCUCCACUUCAUCUAUACAGAUGAGUUGCCUCCCUUGGACGACCUUCAUGAUGAUGAUGAAGAAAUGGUCAGGCAUUUGCUCGUGGCUGCUGAUAGGUAUGUCAUGGAAAGGAUGAAGUUGAUGUAUGAGAGAAAACUUUCUGAGUUUCUUGAUGCCAAGACUGAGCGGACACGUUAG